UUAGAUUAGUUUGGUUGACAUUAGAGACAAAAGUCAAACAUUAGCGAUAGCGAAUGAGUUUUUCAUUCUAUACCAUCAAUGAUGUUUUAAUUAUGCUUUGAUACUUUAUCUUUCCUACACCAUCCCGACGACAAAUAGUUUUUCAUGCCUUCAAAAUUACAAUCGUGCCUAUAUUUUUGAGAUAACUUUUGUGUAACAGGGUAUAAUUUUCAGUUCAAACAUGAGUUUGGUCGGGAAAAAGUGCGAAUCAAUAUCGUUGCUGGAACCAAGUAAAGACGACGUAAUACUCAGCGAUAUAUCUCCUGAUGAUGUUUUGAGACUGGAUCGGAUUACGGAUACAUACAUGUGUAGUCCUGAGGCGAACGUAUACGACAUAGAUUUCACGAGAUUUAAAAUUCGAGACUUGGACACUGGGACGGUGUUGUUUGAGAUAGCAAAGCCCCCGACUGACUUCGGGGUUGACAGUGAGGGCACGGAGGACGCGCCGGAGGAGCCGCUCGACCCUAAUGCCGGCAGAUUUGUGCGAUACCAGUUCACACCUCAAUUUUUGAAACUAAAGACUGUUGGAGCUACUGUGGAGUUCACAGUAGGUGCUCGACCUGUCAACCACUUCCGGAUGAUUGAGAAGCAUUUCUUCCGGGACACGCUGCUGAAGACGUUUGACUUUGAGUUUGGCUUCUGUAUCCCAUUCUCCAGGAACACUUGUGAACAUAUUUACGAGUUCCCCACUCUGCCACCAGACCUAGUUGAGGAAAUGAUUGCUGCUCCGUUCGAGACCUGUUCGGACAGCUUCUACUUCGUGGACAACCGUCUGGUGAUGCAUAACAAAGCCGACUAUGCGUACAACGGCGGCAUAAACAACUAAACACUUUAAUUGAAAUCAGCACCAUGCAACAAUUGUGACUUAAUUCAACACUAUUCGACACAAGGUUUAAAUUUUGUAAGUAGAUCUGUUUUGUGUGUUGUUUAAAUGCUGAGGUUGGACUUAAAUUUGGCAGUUGGUACCAUUAUUGAUCUAGAUCAGGUAUACUCAAGUUACCGCCCGCGCAGGCCCAUAGUUGUGUAUCACCUAAAGUUACAAAAUGUAUUGUAUCGCAUUUUAAAGUCAUUACGUUAAUUAGCCAUUACGUUUAACUGAAGAUCUCUAAAUAAUUUAUAUAUGCGGCUCAUGACUAAAAUGAGUUGGUAGCCUGCUAAAAAAAGGUUGAGUAUCCCUGACUACAUAUAAAACUCUGCGACAGUGCAGCAGUGACUCGCGUUGUGUCGACUUAGCGACGAGUACAGCGACGUGUCAUGUGCAUCGGCUUAAAAAUAAUACGAUUACUUACCAUGAUCUGAGCAAUAAUGGUUCUUAACUGCACUUUCCGACCACGGCAAACGUUCUGUCGCUAUCGUGUCCCUGAAGUAGGCAUCUAAAUUGUAAUUUUGAAACGACAUGUUACUAUGGAUUUUAAACCCUAUGCACAGUGCACACGGUACCCUUUUAAAGUGCCGAAGACGUUAUUUACCGGAGUUUUGCAAUAAUGUACGUUUACCUGAUUGUUUGAGAAUUGAUGUGUCGAUUUUAGAUAUAUAAAGUGUUACAAUGGUUAAAUUCAAACUCUUGGUCAUUGACCUUGCUAGCUUAGCGACUGGUGCGUUUGCCAGGAGGCUAAAAGUUGGUCCAAGUCCUGUCUGAGGUUUAAAUUACUCCAUUGUAUUAUAUUGCAAAUAUAUAUGUUGUCGCAUUCGACGGGAGGGAGGGAUUUGCUUAUUACACUUUUACUAAAGCAAUAUGGGGAUCUAAUGAAAGAGCAUCUUAAAAUUGUUAAACGAAGUUCCAUUUUCUUGCAUUUUUUUUUAUAUAAAUGCAUAAUUUCCUUAUUUGACAUCUACUGCUUACAUGCGUAUGAGCGUAUUCGGCGCGUUUAAAACAGUGUUGUGCGUUGUGCAGUGUGUAAUGUGUAUAGGCCUUUACUUUCUAACCCCAUCAGUAUAAAUUGGAAUGACAGCGAGUUUGUAAAUUGAUAAUCACCGGAGUUAAGGGUAUUUCUAGACGUGUUGUUCCAUUAAAAUGUUUGAACUGCGGUGAUCUUCUCCUUAAGGGUCUUUAAAAUGCAAGCAUCCCUUACACACUAUUAAAAGUCUUGUCAAAAAAAGUUAUUGUAUAAGUAUCUAAAAGUUAUUUGAAAAGUAAUAAGGGGAGUAAAUAAUUCGCAUCAAGGUAAAAUUGUAUUGAAAAUCUUACCGUAUUGUGUGAUCUUUAAGGUUCAAUUUUCUUAGUGAUCCCCGAAAGAUAAUCAUCAUUAAAAAAUUAACUCUGUUUCAAAGGCAUAAAGUUAAAUUUGUCUUUUCUCCAAUGCAAAAGAGCCUUUAAAAAAAUAUUACGACAAAACACGUGUAAUUUAAAUGAUUUAUAUUUCACACCUAAAUGAUGUAUUUGUGACCUUAAUAUAUGUGAUUUUUACACUUAAAGUAACUUAAUUGAUGUCUCACGAAAUUAUUAGGUGUCUGUGAUUGGUGUUGCACCUUCAAAAAACAAAAAAUCAUUUGGAUGUUGAUUGCUAUGGCAACACAUGUUUUAAUAUUAUUAUUAGAAAACUUAUUGUGAUUUUAAAAUCUUCCUUUUUAAUUUUAUUUAAUUAGUUAUUUGUUUUAGUUAUUUAUCCUUUUUGAUAUAGCUUUAGCUUUUUCAUCGGCUAUGAUUAUCUUGCGAAAUGACGUUAAGCAAGAUGGAAAUUUCAAAUAUUUUUAUAGAUUUUGAUUAUUAAUAUUUUACGUAAUUGUUUUAGAAAAAAUGAUCUCAUUUUUGCCAUUAUUGACAUUCCAAAUUAAUGUUUUUUAUUAGUUGAUAGCAAUACAUUUAUACUACUUUUGUUAGAUUUUAGAAAUUAAGUUUUUUCAAUUAACAAGUAUAUUGGUAAACGAAUAUGAGAGAAAUGUAAAUGUAAGAAUAUCUUGACAUUUUAUCACCUCGUCCAAAUUUAAAAAAUAACUAAACAAGCUUUGUGAACUAUUUAACUUAUAUUUUAAUGUAUUUUUUUAUAGUUGCAAGAUAGAAAAAAGAACUGUGCAACAUUGUCCUGCAUAGUACUUUGUUUUAAGAAAACCUUAAUUAUACUUCAUCAAUUUAUAAUAAAAAGAUCUUUUUGUUCUAAUAAUUCGGAAUUUAUUAUUGGAAAUUAUAUUUAUUAUAAACAAAAUUGUGAUUGAAUAUAUAAGAUGAAUCCUUUUUGGUAUUUGACACUAAGCACUGCACUGACACGAUUGUCUAUGGUGUUUCAUAUGGUUCACAUUAAAAUACUACACAAAAAAAUGUUCAACAUCAUUAUUAGCAACAACAAGUUUUUAAGAUUGAAUUUUAUUCAGAAUUAAAAAUGAUCCAUAUCUUUAAAGUUAUUUAAACCUUGCAUUUUUUUAAUUGAAAAUAUUCGACCAAAUUGAUAAUUGUGUUGUAUAAUCAGGUCUCUAAGACCUAUUUCUGCUUUUAAAACAAUUGAUUUAUAUACAAAUUAAAAAUUAAAUACUUAA